AAACGCUACAUUGCAACACUUGCAAAUGCGUUUUCCACUCCCAAUUAUUACGGCGAUGGAUGAUGCCGACUUCGUUUUUUGUUGUCUCUGACUCUACCUCUCUCUUUGUUGCUACUUUUUUGCGUGUAUGAAAAACAAAAAGAAAUAGUUGUAGUCAUAGAAUGCACACAGCCGCAUUAGCAUCGUCAGUGUAAGAACAACCACCAAAAGGCAAAACACCGCAAAGAGAGAGGAAGAGUUCAGUAGAAUUUUUUGUUUCGUUGACCCAACAAGCUAAAUUGGCAUGUGCCAAAAUAUAUUUUAUAAAACUAUUUGAAUAUUAUACCAAAUAAAAGUGCAGUGAAACUGAACCUGUGUGUCAACUUAUUGUUGGGAAAAGGUGGUUCGUGCUGAACAAGAACACGCAUUUUAGUUGCCUCAAAGCGUGAAAGCCAACAGGGACACAUCACGGUCAUUCCAGCGGACCAAAGGAGACAAGUGUGGGCAGACCGAGCUGACCCGGAAAGUUCCUUUCGUGGUGGUCAGCUUUUGUAAGUUGGGUGAUUGACCCAAACAUUGGUCCUUCAAAAGCCGUCGAUAAAAACUACAACAAGGGAAAAAGGAAUAUUGGAACAAUGAGCUACAACGACAACUACAAAUGCCCCUUUUGCCACGCUCGUCAUGGGCUUAGAAACUGUCGCACGUUCCUACAAUUGCCACCUACCCAAAAGGCCGUUUGUGUGACCGUUCAGGAGUACUGCGCCAACUGUCUUGGAAUGUCACACAAGGUUGCGGAUUGUCCCCUACUGGAAGGGUGUAGGAGAUGCCAAUUGCCCCAUAACACCAUGUUGCACGCGCUCGAUGAAACCGGAAAGGAGUGGCUGAAAAUGACGGCGGAGGUACUUCUGCACAUACCUGGUCUCAUAGACUCCCCAAUUAAGGUAAGGGUGUACAUAAACCCGUUAAAGACCGAGAGUACUAUACGUUUCGGUGGCCCCCUUCCCGCAUUCAAGCCAGAAUUCGGAGCUUCGGUUCGUGUGGUAUUGACCUCUAUGAGGAAUCGGGUGCGUACAUAUACUGGCACACUAAAGCGACGUCACAAACCACCACGCACUAUGCCCAGUCGUCCGCUUGAUUUACGUUGCCUCAAGGGCCUGUACCCAAAGAAGGAUGUAGCGGAUCAGGAACUCUAUAGACCUGGGCCUGUGAAUAUUGUUUUGGGAAGUGAUGCCUCAGAAGGCAUAUUCAUGGGACUACCAGUCUUCAGGCCUAACUUGCCGUAUGCCCAAAAAACCAUAUUCGGGUGGACGUUCUUUGGGGAAGUUCCAGUCAAUCGUUCCCAAAUUAUGAUACCUGACUCCAUGGCACUUCAGGAUUAGCAUUUAUUUGAAUUUAAUAUUACCUCACAACAAGGCUGGACCUUGCAUCAAUUCAUUGAACUACAACAUUUAUAUUCGUUUUUAGUUAAGUAGCUAUAAGUCAUAAAUAUUACAAUGAAUUCACAUAUGUAUAGUUGGGAACUAGUCCCAAGGGGUGGAGGAUGUUUAUGCACGAAAACGCUACAUUGCAACACUUGCAAAUGCGUUUUCCACUCCCAAUUAUUACGGCGAUGGAUGAUGCCGACUUCGUUUUUUGUUGUCUCUGACUCUACCUCUCUCUUUGUUGCUACUUUUUUGCGUGUAUGAAAAACAAAAAGAAAUAGUUGUAGUCAUAGAAUGCACACAGCCGCAUUAGCAUCGUCAGUGUAAGAACAACCACCAAAAGGCAAAACACCGCAAAGAGAGAGGAAGAGUUCAGUAGAAUUUUUUGUUUCGUUGAUCCAACAAGCUAAAUUGGCAUGUGCCAAAAUAUAUUUUAUAAAACUAUUUGAAUAUUAUACCAAAUAAAAGUGCAGUGAAACUGAACCUGUGUGUCAACUUAUUGUUGGGAAAAGGUGGUUCGUGCUGAACAAGAACACGCAUUUUAGUUGCCUCAAAGCGUGAAAGCCAACAGGGACACAUCACGGUCAUUCCAGCGGACCAAAGGAGACAAGUGUGGGCAGACCGAGCUGACCCGGAAAGUUCCUUUCGUGGUGGUCAGCUUUUGUAAGUUGGGUGAUUGACCCA